AUGGAGGCGCUGGAUGUGGACCGAAUUCUGGGGCAGCUCUUAGAGGUCCGGCACACCAGGCCACCGAAGCUCGUGCAGCUUACAGAAGCAGAGAUCAGCGCAUUAUGCUUCCUGUCUAGGGAGGUGUUCAUGGACCAGCCCAUACUUCUUGAGCUCGGAGUUCCGCUCAAGAUCUGCGGGGAUGUCCAUGGGCAGUACUCUGACCUGCUGAAGCUCUUCGAGACGGGCGGCUUCCCUCCCGAGGCGAACUACCUCUUCCUGGGGGACUACGUGGAUCGGGGCAAGCAAAGCCUUGAGACGAUUUGUUGCCUAUUGGCCUACAAGGCCCGAUGA